GGGUCUUCCUUUGAUAUGCUGAAAGCUGGAACAUGGAUAGAAUAAACAAGACAUUUGUGAAAGAAUUCAUUCUUCUGGGCUCUGGUUACCCAAAAGUUGACAUCAUUUAUUUUGCUCUAAUUCUAGUUAUGUAUCUAGUGAUUCUGAUUGGCAAUGGUGUUCUGAUCGUAGCAAGCACCUUUGAGUUCCAUCUUCACACUCCCAUGUACUUCUUCCUGAGCCACCUCUCUUUCCUGGAUAUCUGCUAUACAUCCUCCUCUGUUCCCUCAACAUUGGUGAGCUUAAUCUCAAAGAAAAGGAACAUUUCCUUCUCUGGGUGUGCAGUGCAGAUGUUCUUUGGGUUUGCAUUGGGGUCUACAGAGUGUUUGCUCCUUGGCAUGAUGGCUUUUGAUCGCUAUGUGGCCAUCUGUAACCCUCUGAGAUACCCCAUCAUCAUGAGCAAGGCGGUGUAUGUACUGAUGGCUUGUGUGUCAUGGCUCUCCGGUGGGAUCAACUCAAUUGUGCAAACAUCUCUUGCCAUGCAAUUGCCUUUCUGUGGUAAUAAUGUUAUCAAUCACUUCACAUGUGAAAUAUUAGCCAUCCUUAAGCUAGCUUGUGCUGAUAUAUCUCUCAAUAUUAUCACCAUGGUGAUAUCAAAUAUGACAUUCUUGGUUCUUCCAUUGCUGGUCAUUUUUUUCUCCUACAUGUUCAUCCUCUACACCAUGUUGAGAAUGAACUCAGCCACAGAUAGAUGCAAGGCCUUUUCCAGCUGCUCAGCGUAUUUGACUGUGGUGAUCACAUUUUAUGGUACCAUCUUCUUUAUGUAUGCCAAACCUGAGUCUCAGGACCUCCUUGGGAAAGGCAAUUUGCGUAUGGAGGGGCUUUUUUCCCUGUUUUAUGGGGUAGACCCCAUGCUACAUCCUUUAAUCUACAGCUUGAGAAAUAAGGAUGUAAAAGCUGCUGUGAAAUAUUUGCUGAGUCGGAAAGCUUUAAACCAACAGAACCAAUGGAAUUGUGGGUCUUUAGUGAAUAAAGAAUAG